AUGUCGGAACUGCGUCAGCGACAGCCCGCAGUGAAAUCAGAGUCUAACACCCCCGAGACGUCACCGCAACCAAAAAGCCACGAAGCUGAAGACACCGGCAUCAGCGUCACGGAUAUUAUCCGCCUUAUCGUUACCUUUGUCAUUGCUACCGCCGGACUCUCCUACUACAUCACUCAAGGCGAAUCCUUCCUCUAUGGCUAUCGGCCCUGGUACACACGGUGGCCAAAUAACAUACUCACACAAUUGAAAUUCCAGAAUGGUCCUGUAAAUCUUACACCGGCCGAACUCGCCCUAUUCAAUGGCGUAGACGAGUCUCUCCCCAUCUACCUAGCUGUGAACGGAUCCAUCUUCGACGUCUCCGCCAACCCGAGAAUCUACGGUCCAGGCGGAGGCUACAACUUUUUUUCUGGAAGGGAUGCUACGCGCGCGUUUGUAACGGGCUGUUUUGACGAAGACCUCACGCCUGACAUGACUGGCGUUGAGGAAAUGUUCAUGCCGAUCGAAGACGUGCCUAACGAGAGCUUGUCUUCGGGUGAGAAGAAGAUCCGCCGACAGCAGGAGCUGAAGAAGGCGCGGAGCCAUGUAUGGGCAUCUGUUGACGGCUGGGAAAGGUUCUUCCGGAACCACAAGCGUUACUUCCAAGCUGGAAAGGUUGUUGGUGCUGAUGUGACUCGAGAUCCGGAGUUUGGAAAGCGGAAGCUAUGUGAAGCUGCGCUGCAGAAGAGACCGAAGCGGAGUGAGAUGUAA